AUGACCAGAAACAAGAAGGCAGCUCCCGCGCCCCGGGGCGUAAGGAACGCCAGAGGCGGACGAGGAGGUCGUGGGGGAAGAGGAUCAUUUCGUGUCCGUGGGAGUUAUUUUUCAACAUCAUCACAUGUCAAUUUCAUUCAAGAUGAAUCUGUUGGAUUUACACUCGCCGACGAAGCCCGCCAGACCUCACAACAUGACCACUCUGCAUGGGGAAACUCUAGCCUGCGGUCACGGCCAGUAACGUUUGUAAGCGCCGGCCCUAGUGAACCACUGAAGUUGCUCGACGAGAUUAUGGACGGAGCGAACGAAGAGCCGGGAGUAAUGACGAUAAACGAAGAAGCACAGGAGGACGAUGAACCAUACAUGGACCAAGAGGAUCUCAAUGAAAGUGACGAGGAUGAAAUCAUAGGACCGGAUGACCUUGAGGAAGCCAUCCAAGACAUCCAAGAAAGGACCGCAGUGAAAGGUGACACGCCGGAUGCGCCGUGUUUCUUCUUCGAUCUGAAAGGAGACCAGGCACAAGAUAACCAGGAUAAACUGACGGUUCAGGUACCUGAACGACCUUUUUCAAGAAGCAGCACCUCUAGUGACGAGGUCAUACUUUUCAAGGGCCGAGGCGCCCCGAGAAAGCCUGAACACAUGUCUAAUAUCGACAUGGUGCAGAUGCAAACAGAAAUUCGUGUCGUCGAACAAGCUAUCACCGACAAGCCUGUACGAUCAGGGCCAUCCCCAGUGCCCGAGUUACCCACAGAACGAGUGCGAAAUAGUAAAUCGACGAAUAGGGAAAAGAAGCAGAAGCAGCGUGACAAGCGCAAAGAGAUCGACCGCGCGAAGGCAGAAGAGGAUGCUAUUCUUGCAGACUACAUUGCAAACUUGAAAGAAAAUAGCGAUGUGGAUGAGUAUUUGAAAGAACAUGGACAGGGUGGAAUGGAUUCUGAUGCCAGUGGGCUGUCUAACGCCAGCUGUCAGCAGCAAGCUACCGCCACACAUGCGUACACCACAGACGGAGAUCAAUCAGGCGAAGACCUGGAGCACGAAUCCAAAGCCAACAACGAAGAUUACCCCGCAAGCGAGAUCGACGACGAGACGCUGGCCCAGUUGAUUGCUGGCCACGGGCUAGGCUACGACCUGGGGAUGGAAGAUGUCAAUUUCGGAGACUCUCUCAGUGAUUCAGACUCCGAUGGUGAAGAGCCCACCAAGAAGCCAAAGCAGCGGCAAAUGGUUGUCGAUGACUUCGACUUAAUGGAUUGGGAGCGACCAAGCCUACGCCCCCGUAAGGGCAAAGGGGCAAGAGCUCAGAUUAACUUCAAUCUAUCCGAUUCCGAAUUGGAAGCAACACUCCGGACGAACUGGAAGAAUGACAGACUUAAGAAGUCGGAGCGCAAGAGACAGAGAGAGGAGAUGCGCGCACUUGGCAUGCUGGGAAAGAAAACGAAACCUGAUGAUCUACGCAUCAAAUACCCAGAUGGAAUGAAUAUGGAACAAGUUGGAGAAGAGAUGCGGACAUUUAUGAUCAGUGGCGAUGAACAGCUUAUCUUGCCCCCAAUGGAUAACCAUGCCCGCAAAAUAAUACACGAGCUGGCGAAUAAGUUCAAAAUCAAGUCCAAGUCGAUAGGGAAAGGUGAUCAACGACGGCCUACACUCUAUCGAACAGGACGUACGCUUCCCUAUAUCGAAGUAACAUUUAACCACGCUUUUAAUCGUGUGAAUCGGAAAUAUCUCCCUCGGCUUGACAAGGGCAAGAAAGGCAAAAGACUGCCUCCUGUUCGUGGCGGUGCUUCUGUCGCAGCUGCUACAUACCAAGAUGGCGAGGUCGUUGGCGGUUCGGCGCCUGAACUGGGCAUUGAGAAUCGUGGAAGAGCCAUGUUGGAAAAGAUGGGAUGGAGUAUGGGAACGGCAUUAGGCGCGUCGGACAACAAAGGAAUCAUGCAGCCUGUUACGCAGACGAUGAAGCGAUCAAAGGCCGGCCUGGGUUAG